UCCAAACCCGGAUUUGGUUGCAUGAACUUAAUCGGAUUGCACAAGGGCCUACACGUCCGUUCAACUUUGUAAUUGGACUAAGGAUUAUCGAUUUAUUUUUCCGACCUCGAUUAUCAAUCAAAACAGGGAAAUCGGUGAGAGAGAAAAGUGAAGUCGGCGGCGUAAGGUUCCGAGUUCACCGAAUACUCUGAAAACCUCCGAUUUCUCCGAUCAUCGUUUCCAUUCGUGCCCUAACUUUAUUCAUCAUAUCGGUCGUCGAUUUUGGGGAAGGAGAUGAGCUGUUUUUAUCGGUUUGAUUGCUGCUGAUUGAUUAGGUGCAAUCUAUUUAUUCAGAUAAAGAUGGAUUUGGUAACGAGUUGUAAGGAAAAAUUGACACAUUUUCGUAUAAAAGAGCUUAAAGAUAUUCUUACUCAACUUGGGCUUUCUAAACAAGGAAAGAAACAGGAUCUUGCUGACCGGAUAUUAGCUAUUAUAUCAGAUGACAGAGUUUCUGGGAUAUGGGCUAAGAAAAGUGUCGUUAGGAAAGAAGAAGUGGCAAAACUAGUUGAUGACAUGUACAGAAAGCUGCAGAUCCCAGGGGCAACUGAAUUGGCAUCAAAAGGUCAGGGUGUUUCAGAUGUCACCAUUAAUAAUAAUAAUACAACAUUCAAAGAGGAAGUUGAAGAUAGUUAUCAGAGUGAAAAAGUUCGAUGCCCAUGUGGAACUUCACUGCAAGCAGAUUCAAUGAUAAAGUGUGAAGAUAAAAAAUGCAACGUGUGGCAGCAUAUUGCUUGUGUUAUUAUCCCUGAAAAGCCAAUGGAGGGUAUUCUUCCACCUCCUCCUCCAGUUUUCUAUUGUGAAAUCUGUAGACUUGGACGUGCAGAUCCAUUCUGGGUAACCAUGGGACAUCCUUUAUAUCCUGUGAAGCUGAGUAUUGCAAAUGUCCCUACAGAUGGUACAAAUCCAGUACAGAGUGUUGAAAAAACUUUUCAGCUUACAAAAGCUGACCGGGAUUUGUUGGCAAAACCAGAGUUUGAACUUCAGGCUUGGUGUAUGCUUUUGAAUGACAAGGUUUCUUUCCGGAUGCAAUGGCCACAAUAUGCAGAUUUACAAAUCAAUGGUAUGCCUGUUCGUGCUCUCAAUAGACCUGGCUCCCAACUUCUUGGAGCCAAUGGCCGUGAUGAUGGCCCACUUAUCAUGCCAUACACCCGUGAUGGAAGCAACAAAAUUUCCCUGACAGGCGUUGAUGCUCGAGUCUUCUGUUUGGGUGUCAGAAUCAUGAAACGCCGCACAGUUCAACAGAUUAUGAAUAUGAUUCCCAAAGAAUCUGAUGGUGAGAGAUUUGAAGACGCGGUUGCACGUGUUUGUCGCUGUGUUGGCGGUGGGCCCGCUACAGAAAACGCAGGCAGCGAUAGUGAUUUGGAGGUGGUUGCUGAUUCUAUACCCGUUAAUCUCCGCUGCCCAAUGAGUGGUUCAAGAAUGAAAAUUGCUGGAAGAUUCAAACCUUGUGCUCACAUGGGCUGCUUUGAUCUUGAUGUAUUUGUACAAAUGAAUCAACGCUCACGAAAGUGGCAAUGCCCCAUUUGUCUCAAGAACUACUCCUUGGAGAAUGUAAUUAUCGAUCCAUAUUUCAGUCGAAUCACAACCAAGAUGAGGAACUGUGGAGAAGACGUGACAGAAGUUGAAGUGAAACCAGAUGGAUGUUGGCGUGUAAAGGCAGAAAAAGAUAUAAAAAAUUUAGGGGAACUUUCACAAUGGCAUUCACCCGAUGGAACUCUCUGUAUUCCAAUGGAAGCAGAAUCCCAACCAAAACCAAAACAAGAAGCUUUAAAACAAGUCAAACAAGAAGGCGUUUCAGAAGGUCAUACGAGUCUAAAACUCGGGAUUAAAAAAAACCGAAACGGAAUUUGGGAAGUCAGUAAACCAGAAAAUCCACUUUCUCUUUCUUCAGGGAAUAAACAACCCGAUAACUUAAAUGGUAUUAUCCACUCUGGUAUUCCCAUGAGCAGUAGUGCUACUGGAAACGGUAGAAACAGUGAAGAUCCUAGUAUUAAUCAGUCCGCUGGAGGAGGAGGGCAUUUUGGUCAUUCCACCACCAACGGAUCCCUUUCACCAAACUACGGAUUCAAUUUCAAUCCCUCUUUCGCAGACGUUAUUGUCCUCAGUGAUUCAGAAGACGAGACUGAACAUGAACCUGAACCUGAACCUGAACCGGUUUAUAAAAAUAAAAACAAUGGAAUUUCCUUUUCUACCCCUCUUCCAAAUCCGGAAGAUCCAAGUCUUAUACCUGGUGGGAGUUCGUGUCUUGGGCUUUUUAAUAGCAAUGAAGAUGAUUUUGGGGUACCCUUUUGGUCAUUACCUUCCACUAGUCAAGUGGGGCCUAGCUUUCAGUUAUUCGGUUCAGAUGAAAACCAAAUGGACCCCAUGGGUUCUGUUCCGUUACUUCCCGAAUCCUCAAUUUACCAAAAUACCCUCGACAUAAACGAUGGUUUGGUUGAUAACCCGUUAGCGUAUGGACACGAUGACCCGUCGCUUCAGCUCUUUCUUCCAACAAGACAGUCUGACGUGGCGGCGGAGCAGGCGGAGUUACGAGAUCCACCGUCUGUGUCAAAUGGUUUGCAGGGUGACGAUUGGAUUUCGCUCAGCCUUGGCGGCGGCGGCGGUGGUGGUGGUGGCGGCAGUGGGGUGAAUUUUGAAAGUACCGCUGCGAACGGGGUAAACUCCGGUCUGCAACCGCCGCGUGGAGAUGGUGGGUUGGAUUCGUUGGCGGAUACGGCUUCUUUGCUUACUGGAAUGAAUGGAAGUAGCAAAAGAGAAAGAUCUGAUAACCCUUUCUCGUUUCCUAAGCAAAAGCGUUCUGUAAGACCAAGAUUGUAUUUAUCAAUUGAAUCAGACUCUGAAGAAGAGAGAUAAAAAUAAAAAAGAAAGUGGUUUCAAAAUUUCAAUUGAAAUUGAAAUUGAAACUGAAAUACCACUUUUUGAUUGUUUUUUUUUCUCCUUCACAAAUUUUGACCUUUAGAAGAACACUAGGUACAAGGUAGAGAGCACUUCCAGACCCUCAUUUGGUGUGGUAUAAUAUAAUAGAUUCUUUGUGAUCAACUGACUUGUACAAGAGAAAAGCGUAUUUGGUGGUAUAGCAAUAGCAUGUUUUGGUAGGAAGGAGUAGCUUGUAAAUGUCAUUUGCUCACAAAACUUAUCUUUUAGUUAUUUAAUACAACAAGCAAGCAUCUGGAGUUCUUAUUAUAAGUUGAUUGAUUGUAUACCCCAUGCCACUUUCUCCUUGUAUGUCACCCAACAUAUAAUAUAAAUAUGACUCUCUUUUCAUCUCUA